AUGGAUAUUCUCAAGGUCCUGUCGCGAGGGACCAAGCAACCACCAAAAAAGCCAGGAGUCCCGGCAACAGUACUGGCCCAAGCCAACAUCCCCUCGGCCGGCGUCGAAACGAACCCACAGCUAUACCAUGACCAAGUCGACCCGCUACCCAAGGGCAAGAAGCGGAAGCGAAAGUCGAAGACGCAGGACCAUGACCAAGCAGACGAUGCCAUUGAUGAGGACGCAGAGCUGAGCGACUUUGACUUUUUCGCACCAAAAACGCGGAGGGAUUCGGAUGGCGGUGCAGGCGCAGCUGGCUCCAAGACCAAAGCGGACGUGAAAAAGGCGAAAAAGGACGCGGAUGAAGCCAGAAAGGCACGUCCGAUCGAGCGGGACGAGUGCAAGAGGAUCUUGCGCUCUCACCGUCUCAAGUACACGCUGCUUCCGGUGCAAAAAGCAACGCCGGCAAAGGUUGAAAAGAGCAGCACGAAAAAGAAGAAGAAGAAGGACAAAGGUGAUAAGGACGAUGGUGCUACACUGGCUGCGCAAAGCAAGGGUGACAAGCAGCCUGUAUUUCCACAGCCUCUGGUGUCUUUUGGUCAGUUGAGGAGCGCCUACCGCAUAUCCCCUAGGCUGGCCGAGAACCUGGCAAAGGGUAGCUACAAGGUUCCGACCGAGGUGCAGCUGGGCGCCCUACCGCUGCUUCUGCGACCCGAGUUUGCGCUGUCCUAUGAUGGCGAUGGCGGAGACGAUAAUGGCAAAGGAGGCGACGGGGAUGUCUUGGCUAUGCUACAGGAGGCUGCGGCGGGUGUUGAUUUCUUGGCCAUUGCGCCCACCGGCAGCGGCAAAACGCUGAGCUUUCUGCUCCCUGCAAUCAAUGGAGUGCUCAAGCGCAGAGCAGAAAAGGGGGAGACGGGAGGUGACAGUUUGCACGACUCAAAACAUCACCUCGAGGCUAUUGUGGUAGCACCAACGAGGGAACUUGCUAGUCAGAUCGCGAAUGAGGGUCGAAAGCUCGCCAUGGGUACGGGAGUUAGGGUCGUCCUCAUGCGCAAAGGUAUGAGGGUUGCUACCGAAGAUGACAGCUCCGAGAAGAAGAUUGAAGAUCAGGAGGAAGAUGUUUUUGAGAGCGAUGAUGGAGCUUCGUCAUCAGAGGACGAUGAAGAUGGAGAAAAGUCCGAUAAGCCAUCAAAGAAACCCACCAAGGCACCAAUCACCAAGGCCGACAUACUGGUCACAACCCCAAUGCUUCUCCUAAACUUGCUUUCCGAUGGAACAUCAACACCGAAGAAAAGACUACCCAGCGUUCGAUCGCUGAUACUAGAUGAGGCCGACGUUCUCUUGGACCAACUGUUCAGAGAGCAAACAAUGGGGAUAUGGUCAGCUUGCCGUAACCCCAACCUGCGCGUCUCGUUUUGGUCCGCAACCAUGGCGUCCAACAUCGAGACCCUCAUACUAGACAACCUUCGGACCCAAGCCGGCGACGCCCCAGCCCCUCCACUGGUCAGGCUGGUCGUCGGCCUCAAGGAUACAGCCGUGCCCAACAUCUCCCACAGGCUAGUCUAUACAGCCACCGAGUCUGGCAAGCUCCUCGCGCUCCGCCAGCUGCUCCACCCAGCAUCCUUCUCCACCACCACCUCGUCAACCACCACGCUAGAGGACGAGACGCCACUCCGACCCCCCUUCCUAGUUUUUGCGCAGACCAUCGAACGAGCCACGGCGCUGCACGAGGAGCUCAAGUACGACAUACCCGCCGCGGCAGGCGGCGCCUCGCGCGUCGCCGUCCUGCACUCGUCCAUGCCCGAGUCGGCCCGCGCCGCCGUCAUCCGCCGCUUCCGCGCCGCCGAAGUAUGGGUCCUCAUCACCACCGACGUCCUCGCGCGCGGCGUCGACUUUGCCGGCGUCAACGGCGUCGUCAACUACGACGUGCCCGGCUCUGCGGCCGCCUACGUGCACCGGGCGGGCCGGACCGGCCGCGCGGGCCGCAAGGGCGGCAUCGCCGUCACCUUCUACACCAAGGAGGACAUACCCUUUGUCAAGAACGUUGCCAACGUCAUCGCCCUCAGCGAGCGACAGGCCGGGGCCGGAGAGUCGGCCGCUCAGAGGUGGCUACUGGACGCGCUGCCCGACGUGUCCAAGAAGGACAAGAAGGAGCUGCGCGAAAGGGGCGUCCAGUCGCGGCGCAGCAUCGCCGCCUCCAAGGGCAAGGCUCGCAUCACCUCCAAGAGCGCCUGGGAGAGGCGCAAGGAGAACAACCGUCGCGGUGCCAUCGAGGGCAGCAAGAGGAGGAAGAUUGCCGCGAGGGAUCAAGCUGAUGGGAGUGACGACGGCGGCGAGUGGGGUGGGAUCGAUGAUUGA